CCGGUCUGUUAUUUUGCAGAUAAAAAAAUCAAGUUACAUUAUCAAUUAUUAUAUUUUACAUAUUUAGACACGUUUUUUAAUGAUAAAAGUUAGUAUUUUACUAAGGUGAAAGUACGUGUAUGUAGUUUUCGAGUACCUGAUAUCAUUUUUUUAAAGCCAUAAUUUCAACCCAAAAAAUGGUUUUUCAAAUUGCAGGCAAAGUUUCCCUUAUCACAGGAGGAGCGUCUGGACUUGGAUUACAUUUUGCAAAAUCGUUGCUUUCAAAGGGAGUAAAGGGAGUGACGUUGGCAGACAUUAAUGAACGUGAUGGCAAAAAUGUAGCUGAAGAACUUAACAAACAAUUUGGAAAGAAUAAAGCAAUUUUUGUAAAGACUGAUGUCACAGAUUAUUCAAAUUAUGAAGAUGCAUUUAAAACAACAGUGGACAAUUUUGGAAAUAUUGACAUUCUUAUGAAUAAUGCUGGUCUAGCAGCUGAUGGCGCUUUUAAAAAGUCAGUCGACGUUAAUGUUCUUGGAAGUAUUAAUGGCAUGGUUUUGGGAAUAGAUCAUUAUUUAAACAAAUACAAGUCAGGGAAUGAAGCAGUUAUUGCUGUUAGUUCUUCUGUAUGUGGUUUGGAAGGUUAUCCCCAAUGGCCAGUGUAUUCUGCUACGAAAUUUGCUGGAAUAGGAAUGGCAGUGUCAUGGGGUAACAAACUUCACUACGAGAGGACAAAGGUAAGGGUGUUUGCUCUUUGCCCUGGUCCCACGCAUACUAAUUUUUUUGCUGGAAAUGAUAAAUUUUUUGGUCCUGAAUAUGAAAAAGCAUUUGAAUUAAUCGAGGAAGAACUGAAAAAUACACAAACGCCCGAACAUGUUUCCACAGAAGUAAUAAAGCUCCUAGAAAAUUCAAAAACAGGAUCAAUUUGGGUAAUUGAAGCUGGAAAACCCGCAUACGAAUUCACUUUACGUACACGUAAUGAUGUUUUGAAAUAGGUUAAUGAAUACUGAAUAUUUCAUUAAUAUUAUUAUUUAUACUGUAUAUUUUUAAGCAAGAAAUCGUUUUAAGGAAUAUAUAUUAGCAAAAUAAUUGUUUUUACAAUAAAUUCUUGUUUGGC